AUGGCUGCUUCCAAGGAUGCUUGUUCCUCCUCUUACCGGUGCAGCUAUCAUGCAUUCUUGAGUUUCAGGGGCGAAGAUACACGCAAGGGCUUUACUGAUCACCUCUACGGGGCUUUGGAGCUGGCAGGAAUCCACACUUUUAGAGAUGAUGAUGAGAUUGAGAGAGGAUCAAAUAUUGCAGCAGAGCUCCAGAAGGCGAUACAAGAGUCACGAGACUACGCUUCCUUGAGAUGGUGCUUGGAUGAACUUGCAAAGAUCAUGGAACGUAGCAAAACUGAGGGACACAUGGUUUUGCCAGUUUUCUAUGCUGUGGAUCCUUCCCAUGUCAGGAACCAAAAUGGAACUUUUGCAGAGGCAUUUGCCAGACAUGAAGAGCGCUUCAAGGACGAGAUGUACAAGGUGGAGGAGUGGAGACGUGCACUUAGGGAUGUUGCCGAUCUUGGAGGAAUGGAAGAUGGAUCAAAUGAUGUUGGUGUAGCUGUGAUCUAUGGGAUGGGUGGAAUUGGCAAGACUACCAUUUCCAAAUCUGCUUAUAACCUUAACUUAGAUAGAUUUCAAGCUAGCAGCUUUAAUGCAGAUGUUAGAGAAACUUCAGAACAACCAAAUGGUUUGGUUCUCUUGCGAAGAAAACUUCUUUCUAAUAUCCAAAAGGGGAAAACAAAGAAAGUAUAUAACAUGGAUGAAGGAGUAAUCAAGAUCAAGCAUGUUGUAUGUUGCAAAAGAGUUCUUAUUGUUAUUGAUGAUGUUGACCAUUGGGACCAAUUCAGUGCAGUUCUUGGAAUGCGAGAAUGGUUUCAUCCAGGAAGUAAAAUUAUCAUAACAACUAGACAGGAAUAUUUGCUAAAGGCUCAUGAAGUUAGUGUAAUGUUUAAGGUUCAAGAACUGAAUGAGUAUGAAGCACUUGAGCUUUUCAGUUGGCAUGCCUUCGGACAAGCCCAUCCUGUUGAAGGUUACAUGGAGCUUUCAAGACCUGUACAUGGUACAGAAACUAUUAAGGCUUUCAAGCUCCACAUUCCUAUGUUCAUAGAAGACGAGCCUUCAAAGACAAUAUGUAGUGGAAGUAACAAAAAGAGAUGCCACGUUAAAGAUUAUGAUAGUAACAAAAAGAGAUGUCGGCUUGGUUUCUUCUCCUGGCAAUCAAUUAACUUUUCCUCAACAAGUUCAGUUGUUGUAUCAAAUGAGGUGGACUUUAAAACAGAGGCAUUUAGAAGAAUGCACAAUCUUGAAAUGCUCCUGCUCAGUAAUGUUAAUAUCAGUGGAGGCUAUGAAGAUUUUCCAAAAUAUUUAAUAUGGUUAUCUUGGCGUGGAUUCCCUUUAAAAUCAAUACCAGCCAAUUUUUAUUUGGAAAAUCUGGUUGCUCUUGAGUUGCAAAAUAGCAGGUUGGAACAUGUUUGGAAGGGAACCAAGUUGCUUCCAAGACUGAAAAUCCUUAAUCUCAAUCAUUCACAUAGCCUUAUGACAACCCCCGACUUGUCAGGACUGUCUAACCUUGAGAGAUUAAAUCUUAAUGGAUGCAUACAUUUGGUUGAGAUUGGUGAAUCCAUUGGAAACCUAGAGAAACUAGUGUUCUUGAAUCUGAAGGACUGCAAAAAUCUCAUUAAGCUUCCGACAAGUAUUAGCAUGUUGAGAUCUCUUCAGGAACUUAUUCUUUCUGGUUGCUCAAAGCAGGUGCUUCAUGCCAACACAACUGCCACCUCUACCGCUACAGAUAUGAAGAAACUCGUUUUGUUAUCGACUACUUUAUGGCAAUCAAUCUGGUCGUGGUAG